GUUCGCAAGAAGCUCACUCUUCAGACUAAGCAGCACGCCGCGGGGCAGAAGGACGAUCUCAACACCCGUAUGGAGUUUGUCAAGAAGGAGACGGCCUCUGAGGAGAUGUGGAAGACGAGAUUGUUGCAGCUCAUGAUGGCAGGCCUUUAUGCCACGUUGUCCAUGUCUUUCCUGCGCAU